AAAAUUUAACUGCAUUGCUGGAUUGAUUUUCCUUUCUCCCUUGGCAGUGAUCUGGGGGGGAUUUUCCUAAAGGAUUAGAAGUCCACAUUUGAGGCGUGGGUCUCGCUCGUAAAUGUGUGUGUAAAGGGGCGGAAAAGGAGACGCCGCUAGAUAGAUAUAUUUUUUGGCUCUUGCUAACGCAAGAGAUUUUAAAGAGAGAGAUUCACCUUCGCCGACGGGUAAUUUUGUCAACCCCCCCUUUUUUUUUUUUUGUUCCUUAUUUUGGCCACUUUGUUCUACAAAAAGGGAAACGGCAAGGAGAAGAAGCAAACUUGUAGGUGUCUGCAACCCAAGGAGCCGCCGAGAGCCCUGGAGGGGCUCUCCCCCUCCUGCUUCCUCCCCGGUGGUGGCUGGGACGUUUCUCCCAUGAUUUUUUGCAUCUAGACCCGGCUGCUCUGUGUUAAGCCAAUCAAAUCCGACCUCCCCUCCUUACAGUGAGGCGGGGAUUUUAUUCCCUCCCCCGCCUCCGCGCCUCCGUCCCUCCUCCGAGGCCCCUCCCCCCCAACCCUGCCCCUCGCCGUCAUGGACGACUCCGAGGUGGAGUCGACCGCCAGUAUCCUGGCCUCCGUGAAGGAGCAGGAGGCCCAGUUUGAGAAGCUGACCCGGGCGCUGGAGGAGGAACGGCGCCACGUCUCGGCGCAGCUGGAGCGCGUCCGGGUCUCGCCGCAGGACGCCCACCCAAUCCUGGCCAAUGGCACCCUCACCCGUCGGCACCAGAACGGACGGUUCGUGGGCGAUGCUGACCUGGAGAGGCAGAAAUUUUCAGAUCUGAAACUCAACGGACCACAGGAUCACAGUCACCUACUGUAUAGUACCAUUCCCAGGAUGCAGGAGCCAGGGCAGAUUGUGGAGACCUACACUGAGGAGGACCCCGAAGGAGCCAUGUCCGUCGUCUCAGUGGAGACCUCCGACGACGGUACCACCCGGCGAACCGAGACCACGGUCAAGAAAGUGGUGAAGACGGUCACGACGCGGACGGUCCAGCAGGUCCCGGUGGGGCCCGAUGGGCUCCCGGCGGACGGCUCCUCCGUCUCCAACAACUACAUCCAGACCCUGGGCCGAGACUUCCGCAAGAACGGCAACGGCGGGCCCGGCCCCUACGUGGGCCAGGCGGGCACCGCCACCCUCCCCCGGAACUUCCACUACCCCCCGGACGGCUACGGCCGCCACUACGAGGACGGCUACCCGGGCGGGGGCGACAACUACGGCAGUCUGUCCCGGGUGACGCGCAUCGAGGAGCGCUAUCGGCCCAGCAUGGAAGGCUAUCGGGCCCCCAGCCGGCAGGAUGUCUACGGGCCGCAGCCCCAGGUGCGGGUGGGCGGGAGCAGCAUGGAUCUGCACCGCUUCCACCCGGAGCCCUACGGGCUGGAGGAUGACCAGCGCAGCGUGGGCUACGACGAGCUGGACUACGGCCUGAUGCCCGAAUACGGCACGGCCCGCCGCACCGGGACCCCCUCCGACCCCCGCCGGCGGCUCAGGAGCUACGAAGACAUAAUCGGCGAGGAGGUGCCCUCCGACCAGUACUACUGGGCUCCCCUGGCCCAGCACGAGCGGGGCAGCCUGGCGAGCCUAGACAGCCUCCGCAAAGGGGGCCCACCGCCCCCCAACUGGCGGCAGCCGGAGCUGCCCGAGGUGAUCGCCAUGCUGGGCUUCCGCCUGGACGCGGUCAAGUCGAAUGCCGCGGCCUACCUGCAGCACCUGUGCUACCGCAACGAUAAGGUGAAGACGGACGUGCGGAAGCUGAAGGGCAUCCCCGUGUUGGUGGGGCUGCUGGACCAUCCCCAGAAGGAGGUGCACCACGGGGCCUGCGGAGCCUUGAAGAACAUCUCCUUCGGCCGGGACCAGGACAACAAGGUGGCCAUCAAGAACUGCGACGGCGUUCCCGCCCUCGUGCGCCUGCUGCGCAAGGCUCGGGACCUGGACCUCACCGAAGUCAUCACCGGCACGCUGUGGAAUCUCUCCUCCCACGACUCGAUCAAGAUGGAGAUCGUGGAUCACGCGCUGCACGCCCUGACGGACGAGGUGAUCAUCCCCCAUUCCGGCUGGGAGCGAGAACCCAACGAGGACUGCAAACCGCGCCACAUCGAAUGGGAGUCGGUGCUCACCAACACCGCCGGCUGCCUCAGGAACGUCAGCUCGGAGCGGAGCGAGGCUCGCCGCAAGCUCCGGGAGUGCGACGGGCUCGUCGACGCCCUCAUCUUCAUCGUCCAGGCGGAGAUAGGGCAGAAAGAUUCCGACAGCAAGUUGGUGGAGAACUGCGUCUGCCUGCUGCGGAACCUGUCCUACCAGGUCCAUCGGGAGAUCCCCCAGGCCGAGCGCUACCAGGAGGCCCCCACCACCGGCGCCAACCACGCCGGGCCCCACGCCGCCAGCUGCUUCGGGACAAAGAAGGGCAAAGACGAGUGGUUCUCCAGAGGGAAAAAACCCAUGGAAGAUCCAGCCUCGGACAUAGUGGAUUUUCCCAAAAGAACCAGUCCCGCACGAGGAUAUGAGCUGCUCUUCCAGCCAGAGGUGGUCCGGAUAUACAUCUCACUCCUCAAGGAGAGCAAGACCCCCGCCAUCUUGGAGGCCUCGGCCGGAGCCAUCCAGAACCUGUGUGCCGGCCGCUGGACGUACGGCCGGUACAUUCGGUCCGCCCUGCGCCAAGAGAAGGCCCUGUCCGCUAUCGCCGACCUCCUGACCAACGAACACGAGCGGGUGGUGAAAGCAGCCUCGGGGGCCCUGCGCAAUCUGGCCGUGGAUGUGCGGAACAAAGAGCUGAUUGGGAAGCACGCCAUCCCCAACUUGGUGAAGAACCUGCCGGGCGGGCAGCAGAACUCUUCCCGGAACUUCUCCGAGGACACCGUGGUCUCCGUCCUGAACACCAUCAACGAGGUCAUCGCCGACAACCUGGAGGCGGCCAAGAAGCUGCGGGAAACGCAGGGCAUCGAGAAGCUGGUGCUGAUCAACAAAGCGGGGAACUGCUCGGAGAAGGAGGUCCGGGCGGCGGCCCUCGUCCUGCAGACGAUCUGGGGUUACAAGGAGCUGCGGAAGCCUCUGGAAAAGGAGGGGUGGAAGAAAUCGGACUUCCAGGUGAAUCUGAACAAUGCCACUCGGAGCCAGAGCAGCCACUCGUAUGACGACAGCACCCUGCCCCUCAUCGACCGGAACCAAAAAGCAGAUAAGAAGCCCGACCGGGAGGAGAUCCAGAUGAGCAGCAUGGGUCCAAAUUCAAAGUCAUCAGAUAACUAUGCCACACUGAGCGAACGGGGGGACCACAACCGGACACUGGACCGAUCUGGGGACCUGGGGGACAUGGAGCCGAUGAAGGGAAACCCCUUAAUGCAGGAGGAAGGGGAGGAAUCUCUGCAGGAGUUGGAUGAGUUGUUUUUGGAUGAGGGUGACGAGUAGCAUUACUCCCACAUGCAGAAGAUUUAACACCACAGUUUCGGCCCCACCUGGGUUUCUGAUAUAUAGUAUAUAUAUAUGUGUGUAUAUAUAUAUAUUAUAUAUAUACUUUUUGUGGUGAGAUGGACUGAUCAUCCCCGUUUUCCCCCCGCCCCCCUCCUUUUUUUUUUUUUUCCCUUCGCUGGACUAUUGUGCCAACCACCGGGCUGCCCCCCGCCCUUCCAGUUUUGGGUGGGGACCCCUCCUCAUUCCUCACCUUUUCCUGUGAAACACCCCCCCUCACCCCCCAACUCCUGGAGAAACCUGACUCGGCCACUUAAAUAGGACGCCUCGCCGUCUCCGACCUCGAUACGCUUUUCAAGCUCGCCUCCCCGGUCGGCACUGCCCGGAGCUCCUGGCCCGAGCGGACACCGGGGGACCCUUCGCCGAAGCCUGCAGAAGAAACCGCCCGUUAGGGGCCACGGAUCUGGAACGCAGAUGACCCCGAGGAAGUGCUUUGGACAAGGGAAGAGGGGAGAAGAACGUUGGGCUUCUGAGACGGGGAAGAGUCAUGGUGGGGACAAUGGAUUCUUCUCAGUUUGG